UGGGGUCUGGCCACAGGAUCACAUCGACAUCGCAAGCAAUGUCUUCUCACACUAGACACUGGGGAAAAUAUCCCCUUGCAUGUCGAAACCAUCCAUGGAUUGCUGUCACCUGAAUGUCGCCACAGGCCUGUUCCAUUGCCUGCAGAAGAGGCAUGCGGUCAUGUGGUUGGCGGUCAGAUACACGCCAUCUCCAAGCCGAAAAGAAUUCCUCUAUAGGGUUUAAAAAUGGCGAGUAAGGGGGCAAGUAUACCACUUCAAAGUGAUUGUGGUUGGUGAACCAGGCCUGGACCAGAGCAGCCCGAUGGAAACUGACAUUAUCCCAUACCACCACAAACCUGCGCUGAUCUGGUCUGUUCAUAACUAUAUUAUGUAGAGCAUCUAGAAAUGUUCCUCCUCCUUCUCCAUAUUUACGGUUAGAGUAAAACGCAUUGCUGCCUUAGGUGGGAUAUUCGUAGCGUUACUCUGUGUAAAUAACACUCUGUUAAUGUAAGACACUUAUUUCUUUAUUUGAGAUUGUGGCCGGGUCUACAGGUAGAAUGUGUGACGUCACGGGUGGAUUUCUGUGCUGUCGCUGUGCAGCACACAGUUGUGUUCAAUCGAGUGAUUUGCAGAUGAUGGUUUUUGUUUGUGUGGUUAAACUGCGGCUGCGCAUCGGGUUGAGCUUUUGCUAAAUGCGUUUAUGUGUUUUUUUUCAGCUGUAUCAUAUGAACACACUGAGAUCUUCUCAUAUUUGCCUCCAUUAUUUAUUAACGUCAAACUUAAGCGGCUCGCACAUGGUACAGUCAGAACUUCUCAAAACACGACCCCGCGGCUAUGUGUUCAUGUCAUGCUGCCUUCACGACACGUGCUCUGUGAUUAACGAAAUAUCAGGUAAAAAAACACGACACCAGAGGGCGGUCAUGUGCAAUUUUACCUGAUAUUUUUUAACGUUUUAACCCGAUUAUUCACAGAGCACGUGAAAAAACGACGAAUACAAAUGAUCUACUACAUGUAGACUACAUGAUGUGGGGAUCGGGGCAGUAAAACUUUCAUCGUUUUGUUUCAGGUUUUUUUCACAUAAACGUGAUGAGCUCCGGAACUGACAGUAAAUGACGCACGUUAAAAAAUAAAUACGACCUCACGUCACAUUUACACACUGCCUUAUUUACAUUUUCUGCGUUUUUCGUAUCCGUAGCGAGCAUUUGAGAGGAGUUUUGACAGUUCAGAAAAUAAGAGACUGUAUACGAAUCUCAUUAUUAAUAAUAAUAAACACAACAGAGUUUUGUUCCUGUAAGAGAACAGCUUUUUUUGUCAAACACAAUCAAACGUUUUUUUUGUUGUUGAGGAAUUUAAUGUGAAGAAGGUUUAAUGAGAACAGGAAAUGUUUUUCUGUGGCACUUGAGUAAUUGACAGGUGAUGACUCCGCCCACUAGUGUAGUGUAGUUAAACACAAAGCGCCUGGACGUCACGUCACACGAUCAUAGAGCUUCAGGCUUUGGGAGAGUCCAUCCGGUCAGAAUGGGGUUUGGCAUCAACAGCGAGCUGAUUGACAGCAGGUCAGAGGUCAUCCUGUGCUCGGGUUCCAGUCACGCGGAAAACAUCCUGAUGGUUCUGAACGCUUACCGACGCAGUGGAACGUUCACAGAUGUAGUGCUGUGGGUGGACGGCUGUGAGUUUCCCUGUCAUCGCGCCACGCUGUGCGCCAGCAGCCCCUUCUUCCACGCCAUGUUCUGCGGUUCCUUCCAGGAGAGCAAACAGACCGAGGUGAAGCUUGAGGGAAUCUCCAGGAAAGCCAUGGAGCAUCUGCUGGACUUCUUGUACGAGGGCAAACUGAAUCUAGACGAGGAGAAGGUGGAGAGCGUGUUCCUGGCGGCGCAUCAGCUGGAAGUGUCGGCUCUGUCCACGGCCUGCGUGAACCUUCUGGAGAAGAACGUCAGUCCAGCUAACUGUCUGGGCUUCAUGGAGCUGGCCGACUUGUACUCGCUCGGGCCGCUGCAGGACGAGUGUCAGAACAUGCUGAUACACAACUUUGAAGAGGUGUCCAAACACCAGGAGUUCCUCGGCUCGCCCGUUGCUCGGGUCCUGGAGCUGCUGACCUGCGAGUUGCUGCAGGUGCCGGAGGAGGUUAGGGUGGAAUCGGCGCUCAGGUGGGUUCAUCACCGGCCGGCGGACAGAAAGUACAACCUGAAGGAGCUGCUGGAGCAGAUGCGUCUCCCCCUGCUGGACCCGGCGUUCUUCACCGGCACGCUAGAAGCGGACGAGCUCGUGCUGGACUGUCGUGACUGCAGACCGCUGCUGCACGAGGCUCGAAUGUACCGCGUUUAUGGCCGAGAGGUGAGCUCGCCUCGCACCAGACCCAGGAGGAGCUCGGGUUGGGCGGAGAUGAUUGUGGUCAUUGGUGGUUGUGUUAAGAACAGUUUCUCCAGAUUGUCUCUGAUGGAGAUGCUGAAUCCGAUCACGGGUGACUGGAUCUCCUCUGUCGCUCUGCCCGGGUAUCCCAAAUCUGAGUUCGCAGCCUGUGAGCUACAGAACCACAUUUAUAUCUCAGGUGGGCAGCUGAACAGUGCAGACGUCUGGAGGUUUAUGUCUCACAUCAAUCAGUGGGUUCGUGUCAGAGGUCUGUGCCGGGGCAGAUGGAGACACAAGAUGGUUUCUCUCCAGGGAAAGCUGUAUGUGGUGGGAGGUUUUAACGGCUGUGAGCGUCUGUCUGCUGUGGAGUGUUAUAAUCCUCAUGAGAACACAUGGACGUCUGUAUGUGAUCUUCUGUUGGCCGUGAGCUCGGCCGCAGCCGUCACCUGUGAUGGGAAACUCUACAGCAUCUCUGGAGCUGUUAGCGAUCACGCCAACACUGACAAGGUGCAGUGUUAUGAUCCGGUGACUAACAGUUGGACGUAUGUCACAUCAUGUCCGUUCUCUCAGCGAUCGCUCAGCGCCGUCUCGCUCCACGGCUCCAUAUAUGUGACCGGAGGUUUACUGAAUGAAUUGUUCUGUUACACACCGAGUACAGACGUCUGGACUUCAGUGGCAGUGCUGCCUAUCAAAAUGGAGGCGUGUGGGCUCACCGUGUGUGAUGGGAAGGUUUAUGUUGUGGGAGGUCGGGAUGAGUCGUCCUCUGCUGUCGAUCACAUUUGGGACUUCCACCCGACCACGGGCAAACUAACAGUGAACAAUCCACUUCCACGCUGUCUCAGUCACCACGGCUGCGUGACCAUAACACAGAGAACCUCCCAAUGAGAGUUGACUGAAGGACGGCUGAAGCGUUUCAUUGCUGUUGUGAUGAUCAUAUCAAUGCAUCUGAAAUCUUGUCUCACUUUAUAAUAAAGAUGAUUUAGA